AUGGAUCAGAGCGUGCAGGCCGAAUCGUCGCGUCGCGAUGCUGUGCUGCGCCGAUACAACGUCGAGCGGUCUUGUUUGAAAUGCCACGAACGCAAGAUUCGCUGCGAUAGGCGACAUCCUUGUACUUCAUGUAUGCGGCUGAACAUUCAAUGCAUAUACCCUGGCCCGGAACGAGGCAAACGGCGCCAGCAUCACAAGGCGGCCAUCUCCGACCGUUUGGCGCAACUGGAGAGAACCAUCACCACGCUGUCGCAGGCCCAUGACGAAGACGUCUCUCACCGGAAACCAGAGAGUCCUUUGAACGAGUCAACGCCAAAUAAGCCAUUGCCAGUACAGCGGGCUCCCUCCGAGGCUUCUACAAACAGAGGGCUACUGCUACCGGAUCGCCAUUACAUCAAUGACCAACUGCUUUCGCGGCUUCUCACGAAUGAAAGUGAUUUACAGGCAGCCAUGGGUGGUAAUGCGGUCGAUCCAAGUCGCAACCAAAUAUCGUCGAUCAAUUUCAACACGUUUUUGUUCGGCGGUGGACAGCCUGCUGUCGACUUAUCACUCUUGAACCCAUCUCGAUCGCAGGUUUUACGGCUUUGGCAGGUUUAUUUGACCAAUGUCAACCUCAUGUUCAAAAUUCUUCAUGUCCCUACCAUCCAGUCCUUGCUGUUCGCUGCUAUCAAUGACAUGAAGAAUAUCCCACACGAUCUGAAUGCUUUGUUCUUCUCGAUAUACUUUUCCGUCAUCAGCAGUCUCGAUCCGGAGAGUGUCGUUCGUAUUCUGAAUCAAGACAGACCCUCUGCUCUGCGGCGCUUCCAGAAAGGCAUCGAGAUUUCAUUGGCCCAAGCAUCGUUCUUGGAGCUCCCGACUGUGACCUCAUUGCAGGCAUUUGUCAUGUUUCUAAUGGCCAUGCGCGUUCACAAUAAAUGCCGCUUGAGCUGGACACUUGCCAGUCUCGCAACACGACUCGCGCAGUCUAUUGGGCUUCAUCGAGACGGAAAGAAUUUUAAUUUAUCUCUCCUAGAAACCGAGACUCGACGGCGGCUGUGGUGGCAAAUUGUAAACAAUGAGAACCGGGCAGUCGAGGACCAUGGCAUUGCUGUUGGUCUGUCAUGCGGCUUCUCCGACACAGAGUACCCGCUUCAUAUCAAUGAUACAGAUAUAUCUGCCAGUUCAACAACUCCGCCUCCUCCCCGCAAGGAGCUUUGUGACAUGACUACCUUUCUAAUCGCUACCACGACUAGCAAAGGAUUUCGCAACUACUUACAGCCUAUUAUUUACGGGCACCGUAGAAAUGCUGCAGAUGAACUUUAUACAAAGCAAAUGAUGGAAAGCCUAAUAAACAAAGUCGAAAAAAAUUAUAUGCCGCUUUGUGAUUACAACAUUCCUACUCAAAGAAGCGCCUACCUCCUUGCCCGCGUUCUUCUUGCGAAGCUGGAAUUUCUGGAGAACCAACAUUCACUUGCUUUGGACGCCGCUGAAGAUACCGGACCACACCACAUCGACCAGAGAAGCGUGGCUCUAGCUCGGAAAGUGCUUGACCCGAGCAACCUGAUUUUGCAGGAUGAACUUCUGGUGCAUUUUCACUGGAAUUUCCUUUCUUACACGCAGUACUCGGUCCUCAUAUAUCUGCUCUGGAAUCUGUGUGUUAACCCAACCAUCGCCGACGCCGAUAGCAUUUGGAACGAAGUGAAUCUGCACUUCGGCUUGAUUGAAUCCAAAAAGUCUAUUGUCGACCUAGGACCAAAAUGGCCGCUCAUGGUUCGAUUGAGAGAAAAGGCGCUAAGCAUCAAAGAACAGCACAUAGCCAAGACUGAGGCUUGCAAGGAAGCGCAAAAGCAAAAUAGCACGUUGCCUACUCAGUUACCCGCGGGCCAGUCGCAUCUUCAGUCUGGCAGUUUCACCCGAGAAGCAGAAUUCUUGGGUUAUAUCAAUUGGGAUAUUAGCUCCCCGUCCACUUCGGACUGGGCUAAUUUUACUCUUAAUUUGGAUAAAUUGAGCUACGAAGUGGGAAUCUAG